UGUCAAUCAACACGCCGGAACUACGAUUAACAGGACCCUCUGUGGCGCAAAAAUGGAGGAUAACAUUAAAGAUCUCAGCCGACCUCAGAUGUAUUUAUUUGGUUGCUCAUUGAAAGCUGAUAAGAAAGAGCACAGAGUUGAGGUGGAUGAGGAUGAGGCUGAACAUCAGCUGUCACUCAAGGCGGUGUGUUUGGGAGCUGAGGCGGAGGAUAAGUUCCACACCGUGGAGAUGGAGGGAUUGACUUACGACGGUAAAACGUCCAAAAUCACUCUUGCUGUACUGAAGCCGUCCGUUCUGCCUUCUCUCAGUCUGGGAGGUUUCGAGGUCACCCCUCCUGUGUCCUUUCGCCUGCAGUCCGGAGGGGGGCCGGUCUACAUCAGCGGUCAACAUUUCGUCAGUGUAAAGGAAUCAGAUGAUGAGGAUGAGGAAGAGGAGGAGAAUAAUACAUCACCAGUCAAGAGACCCUCCAACAUGACCCUUGCAAAAGUGCCUCAGAAAAAGUUGAAAAUGGACUCCGAUGAAGACGAGGAUGAGGAUAGUGAUGAAGACGAUGACGAUGAUGAUGAUGAUGAUGAUGACGAUGACAAAGAGGUAAAGGCUGUUGGAAAGAGCCCCGUCAAAACCCCUCAAAAAUCCCCAGAGAAGAAGAAGAGUGCAGAUAAGCAGAACGGCUCUCCAGACAAGAAAGCUGGGACAUCAGAGAAGCCCCAAACACAGACACCACAGAAAGUAAAAGACAAGUCUGCAGCAGGGCCUUCUGGGAAGUCUCCCAGCACUCCCAGCCUCAGCGAGGUCAAAAGCAAACUUUCAUCAGCAGCUAAAGAGGGGAAGCCGCUUCCAAAGACGGAACAGAAGUUUGAGAACUACGCUAGAAGCUCUUUCAAGAUCUCUGAUAAACAAGUGAUCAAAGACCUUUGGAACUUUUUACAAUCACUAAAAAAGUAAUGGCUGCUCUGCGCUCCCCUUCCCGUCCCGUCCCGUCCCGGUGCAGCAGAAGUCUGGGCUGAGCCAGUAACGGCACUUCAGCUGUGCGAUCUGGCCUCUUCCCGUCUUAAAGCAAUCCGCCUGCUCUUCUUUCACUUUAAAGAUGGAUAGAGCAGAACGAACCCCAGCAAUGGCACAGAUAUCAUGCUUCAUGUUUUAUGUUUUUUUUUAAUUAUGGAUUUUUUUGUCAAGUCCACAGUGGUUUCUUAGAAGAACAGUUAAGGCAGUUAUAAUUUUAAAAGCAAACUAAGGGUGAAUCUCUCUAAAUCUUAGCAAGAACUUGUGCAGGUCAUAUUUCAUCUCAAAAUUCCAAAGGAAUCAUAUUUUGCAUUAAAUAAAUUAAGCCUGUUUUGGACUAAACAAAUGUUUUUCAUUUGACUUAAACCCAUUUCCCCCAGUUAUCAUAAUGCACAAAAAAAAAUAAAAGAUAAAAAAUGGGUGAAAAAUUUGAAGUAUUUCCACAUCAUGGAUUGACUUGUGUUAAAGAUUAUAAUUUAUGGUGAUUAAAACAUGGUAAUCAUGGUAAUUAAAAAAAAA